AUAAAAGAACCCAUAAUUUCCCUCCUCUCUCUCACUCUCCCUACCGAAUCCCUAUACAUACGCAUUUCCAGACCCUGUUUCCUCUCCCCAAACAGAAAGCUCAAAAUCAGCUCCUUCUACUCUGUUUUCUUCCAUUUUUUCUCGCAGCAUUUUUCUGCUCUAGCCAUGGCCAGUAACAACGGAGAUGUGAAACUGAUCGGCGCCUGGGCGAGCCCUUACGUAAUGAGGCCUAGAAUCGCUCUCAACGUCAAAUCCGUCGAGUACGAGUUCCUCCAGGAGCAGUUCGGGUCCAAGAGCGAGCUCCUCCUCAAAUCAAACCCUGUCCACAAGAAAAUCCCUGUCCUUCUGCACAACGGCAAACCCAUCUGCGAAUCCAGCAUCAUCGUCGAGUACAUCGACGAGGUUUGGUCCUCCGGCCCUUCCAUCCUCCCUUCCGACCCGUACGACCGCGCCGUCGCCCGAUUCUGGGCUGCCUACCUCGACGAAAAGUGGUUCCCGAAUGUGAGAGCUGCGCCAAUGGCGGCGACGGAGGAGGCGAAGAACGCGGCGGUGGAACAGCUGAAAGAAGGGCUGGCGCUGCUGGAAGGAGCGUACGGGGAGAUCAGCAAAGGGAAGGAUUUCUUCGGCGGGGAGAAGAUUGGGUUUCUUGACAUUGCGUUUGGGAGCAUGUUGGGAUGGCUGAGAGCCGUGCAAGUGAUUCUGGGAGGAGUGAAGCUUCUCGAUGAGGAGAAGACGCCUGGUUUGUGUAAAUGGGCUGUCAAAUUCUCGGCUGAUCCUGCUGUGAAGGAUGUGCUGCCGGAGACUGAGAAGCUCCUCGAGUUUGCCAAGAUCCUUAUGGCCAAAAUAACAAUGGCCGACAACAACAACAACAACGGCGACGUCAAGCUGAUCGGCGCGUGGCCGAGUCCGUUCGUGAUGCGCCCGAGGAUCGCCCUCAACAUCAAAUCCGUCGAGUACGAGUUCCUCCAGGAGCAAUUCGGGUCCAAGAGCGAGCUCCUCCUCAAAUCCAACCCUGUCCACAAGAAAAUCCCUGUCCUUCUACACAACGACAAACCCAUCUGCGAAUCCAACAUCAUCGUCGAGUACAUUGACGAGGUUUGGUCCGCCGGCCCUUCAAUCCUCCCCUCCGACGCCCACGACCGCGCCGUCGCGCGCUUCUGGGCUGCCUACGUCGACGAAAAGUGGUUUCCGAACGUGAGAGGGGCGGCAGCUGCGUCGAGCGAGGAGGCGAAGAACGCGGCGGUGGAUCAGCUGAAGGAAGGCAUGGCGCUGCUGGAGGGAGCGUAUGUGGAGAUCAGCAAAGGGAAGGAUUUCUUCGGCGGGGAGAAGAUUGGGUUUAUUGACAUUGCUUUUGGGAGCAUGUUGGCAUGGUUGAGAGCCCUGCAAGUGAUGCUGGGAGGAGUGAAGCUUCUCGAUGAGGAGAAGACGCCUGGUUUGUGCAAAUGGGCUGCCAAAUUCUCGGCUGAUCCUGCUGUGAAGGACGUCCUGCCUGAAACAGAGAAGAUCAUCGAGUUUGCCAAGCUCCUCGUUGCCAAAAUCAAAGCUGCAGCAGCCUCCUCUUAGAAGAUGGAUGUGUGUUUUGGGAGAUUGUUGUUUUGAAGGUUUACGUUGUUGUUGUACUUUCAUGUUGAAUCGAGGGAAAUCAGAGCUGUCCAUCCCCUUUAUGUUUUACUCUGUUUUGGUCAGCGAUCGCAUAAUAGAAAUGAGUUCUAGUUUCUGGUCUUACUACGGGAACUAUGUCAUUUGUUUUUUUUACUUUUUUUCGCCCUACGCACCUUUUAUUCAAGGUUUGUCCACCAUCGAUUAUCAAUAGGUUAUUUAUCUCUAUACUGGAAAUUUUGAAAUUUAAUUUAAGAAUUCAUAAAAA